GUACAAUAUCCGCAGAGUGUAAUACACCCUGGCUUCUAUCCUGUUGUAGCUCAGUUCUCUUCGAUCCUGCAGCAUGUGAAGUCAAGCGAUCCCACAGAUCUGCAUUGACGUCGAUUCAUGCCGUCUUCCGAACACCGAGCGAGCAGGGCGAGGCGGAUCACACGAGCGUGUGAUUACUGCCACAAACGCAACAUUCGAUGCGUCAACCCUGAUGGCUUGCAGUGCCAAAGGUGCAUUGAGUUCGGCCAGCCAUGUACUUACGACCGAGCAAUCAAAAAAAGGGGCGCGAAGCCCAGGUCUGGAGCUGGAGCGGACUCACCUAUCCCACCGCCCCGGAACCUCGGCUCCGCAAACGGUAUGUUUUGACAGAAAUGAUUGGCAAUGCUGCCUUUGUCGGGGUUUCGAGAAGUUUGCAACUAUCUACGACGCUGCCUUACGGUAUUCCCUGGACUAUGGUACUCGAUUGCUGACAGCUCCCAGCGCAUCCAAAAUCGGCUUCCCAGCCAUGGAAGGCUCCCACCCUAGCCAGUCAGGCUGUCGUCAUGAGUCUUGUCGAGGUUUACUUUGAAAUAGUAUAUCCGAUCUUCCCUCUCUUUCACCGGCCGACAUAUAUCCGAAGGAUAUCGAGAGGCGACUAUACUACAGACAAGGACUUGUUCCCUGUGACUAUGGCAGUCUGCGCACUCGUCUCUGCUCGGGUCCGCGAUCAAGCAAUCUUUAAUCCUGCUUGGGAUAUUCAAGAAUUAUCCGAAACGCCGUCAGAGACAUUCUAUGACGCUGCGAUCCGCUAUAGUGCCGGUUGUGAAGAUUCCGUAGAAGCUCAUCCAUUCAAUACGCUGCGAUGCUUUGCUUUACUUGCCCUCACGGCCAUUCAGUAUGGCAAAAUCCGUGAAAUGCAACUUUUUCUAGGCAAAUACCACACUUUCGCUGCCAUGGAUGGUUUUCACAAUGAAUCCAAUUGGCCCAAAGACAUUGGUAUUAUUGAGACGGAGGAGAGACGACGCCUGUUCUGGUCGAUGUACACCUUGGAAGUCUAUUCAUCCAUCAUCUGGAAUGGUGUCACACGGUGCCGGGAACAACAAGUCAAUGUUGCAUACACUACGGAGCUGGACGACGAGCUCUUCAAUGACCUCGGCUACAAUCAACCAGCGUCGUCUCCUGUUGACAUUGGACCAAGCCCAGGUGGUAGAUGGGGUGAGGUGAAAAGUAGUAGUUGGCUUUGUGGCUGGAACUUCACGACCGAUUUGUAUCGGGUUCUGGAGCACGUGAUUACCAACUUUCGUGACCAGAAGCGGCACAAGAGGACGUUUCUCAGCGAUAUGUUUGGUGACAAGACCGCCCCUUCCCCUACUUCUGUCCGGGACUCCAUCAUGACCUUAUACGGUAAUCUUCCGGGUUGCUUCAAGGAAUUUCCAGAAGUGACAUGCAAUCCUUCCAGUGAUCGAUAUGGAUUUCAGGCCGCCAACAUCACUGCCACAGUCCAGCUGCUUCGAAUGAUGUUGUUUGCGUCGGGUGGAGGUACUAUCGAGGAACGCUGCAAAAUAGCAAGCGAAGUCGUGGAUGCAUUCAUGUGUAUUCCGGUAUCUUAUCUAAGAGCAAUCAGUUCACCACUUCUUCACCACCUUGCUGGAAUUGGCGCCAUCCUGGGCAGUGUUCUUGAGGAGCCUCUCAGCGAUAUGGCGUAUCAGCAGGUCAGAGUUGUCUUACUGUCGCUCGCACAAUUGUUGGAGAAUCUCGAUCAUGGUAUCCAUUCAGCAAUCAACGCUCAGCGCCUGCGGGACUUGGUGGCGCAAAUCGACGACUACUGGAAUCAGCUGCGUAUUUUCGCUACGGGCGAGCCAAGUCCUCGGCCUAACUCCGCGAGUCCGAGUUAUCACGAUCUGCGGCAUCCUGACGCACGGAGAACCAUACCUUCUCAGUUGACCACCAGUAUAUUCGAAGACUGGCCGUGGAGUCUGGACCUCGUGCAAGGCACAGAGAGCUGGUCUCCCACGAAUAUAGUUUUAGAUGUGUGAGAUCGAGCGAAGAUCGUGCCAAUACCCGUGACUGAUACACUGGUGGACUCUCAACAGGGAUCUGUGAGAAACCAAAUGAGUACAUGGGGGCCUGACCGUGCGGAACAGCAUCUCGAUCUACCAUUUACUAUUUUCGGAACCCUGGAUCGCCUCACUCGCAUCGUAGCCAUACAGCCACAUCAUCACGGCAGGCUGCGGCCACCUCGCAUCCAUGUCCGCUGGCACUCUCAGUUUUGCCACCAUCAAUUCGCGACCGACCUCACGAAGUCCACGCAUAUAAUCGUCGGUAACCUUCCUGAACCGAUCAUCACGAGCUACCUGCUCAGGUCCAUCGGGCAACAUCCAGGAACUACCAUUGUCCUUCGCUAUCGUCGCAACACGAGCUACACGCGGCUUCCGAAGUCGUUCAUACAGGCCGGCGAGACAAGGAAGAUCGUCUAGGCUGUUCAGCCUGGAUAGGAGCUCGCCGAGCACGGCUGCAUCUUCCAUAGCCAUGGCAGCCCCCUGUGCCGCGUGUGGUGACAUCGCAUGCGCCGCGUCGCCAAGGAGCACUGUCCUACCAGACCGGCUUGACCAUGUGCUUAGCUCGGGGAUCUCAGCUAUCGUCCACUUUGCACAUUUCUCUACGAAACCAGUCAACUUUCGUACGAGGGGGUUGAAAGUGCUGAACUCGGCUCGGAGCUCUUCGAUGUCACCCGGCUGAUUCCACGAUGUCACUGGCGUGUCGUCGUCCCUUGGUGACACCAUGGCGAGAUUGAAAAACCUGUUAUUCGAUAUCGCAUAGCCGACAAUGAAUCGACCUGGUCCGAACCAUGCAUGGGUUUCUGUACUAGCCAUCAGCUUUGCCGUGUCUUCGUCUCUCAGCAUUGCCUCGGCUGGUAUCAUGGCACGAUAGUUGAAUUCUCCCAGUGGGACUGGUUCUAUCUUCUCAUUGCCGAUGAUGAAUCCCCGCGUCUUUGAUCGUAUGCCUGGCACCAUUAGCAAUCAGAACACGAUUCCAGGAAAAGAGUGCGCUUACCGUCGGCACCCACAACAAGAUCUGCUUCGAUUGUUCUUCCGUCCAUCAGGUGGACUUUGCCUUGCUCCGCAUCCACCUUCUGGAGCUCACUGCUAUAUUCAAUCGUGGCACCAGCCUUUCGAACCCCGUCGGCCAAAAUCCGCUGACAAUCCGGCCGGUAAAUCUGCCAGUAUCUUGCCAUGUUGGAUCUCUGUUACUUUUGGGACUGAUAGUACAAUACUCACGGGUGCCCGUAUAUCUCGGACGCAUCUGGAUUUUGGGAGCUCAUGCCGAUUUUGGCGUUGUCAUUGUAUCUCCUGGCCACCGACCAUGCCGGGAGGUUACAGUACUCUCGAAACUCCGAGCUCAAGCCCCAUGAAUCAAGUAUCCUUGUCGCGUUGGGACUGAGUUGGAUGCCUGCGCCGUAUUCCGAAAGACCUGCAUUUCUCUCCAGCACCUUGACUUUGUGGCCUUUCCUUGCCAGGCAGAUCGCGGCCGAGAGUCCUCCGAGGCCAGCUCCGAUGAUGACUAUGUCUAGUUGCAUCUUGGAAUGUUCUGAACGUUCUGAAAUCCAAUAGAGGUGUGGUUGUUUAUUAGUCGACAGCGAAAGCGCUGACCUCCCUAGUGGCUAUAGUACAUUAAAUCAUUGCACGUACAGUCGCAUUGGCGACAAGUGAAAUCUUCGGCAUCACAGGUUUUGUCUCCUCACG